AUGGUACCCAUCUACUGCAAGACAACGCCUCGGAUUAUGGUCAAAGGCAGCUUGUGGAGGAAUACGGAGGACGAAAUUGUCAAAGCGGCAGUGACGAAAUACGGGAAAAACCAAUGGUCUAGGAUCGCUUCCCUGCUGCACAGAAAAUCAGCCAAGCACUGCAAGGCCCGAUGGGACGAAUGGCUGGACCCAUCCAAAAAACUGAAUGGACCAGGGAGAAGGAAGAAAAAGCUUUUGCACCUGGCCAAGUUGAUGCCGACGCAGUGGAGAACCAUCGCCCCGAUCGUCGGGCGGACAGCCGCCCAGUGUUUGGAGCACUAUGAUGGACAGAUGCCCAAGGAGACAAGGAAGAAGAAACAGCAGGCGAUCCACGCAAACCCAGAAACGAAACCAGCCAGACCGGAUCCCAGGGAUAUGGACGAGGAGGAACUUAAAAUGCUCUCCGAAGCCAGAGCCCUCCUGGCAAACAAGCAGGGAAAGAAGGCCGAGAGGAAAGCAAGGGAGAAACAAUUGGAAGAAGCCCGGUGCCUUGCUGCCCUCCAGAAGAGAAGAGAACUUCGAGCAGCUGGCUCAGACUGA